AUGAAAUCUUCUUUCGAUUCUUCCCUUUUAGACAAAUCAAUUAACGAUGUAAGUAGUGCAAUUGGUGAUCAUCUUAAUACUAGUAUUGGGCGCGAAUUGUCACAGACCGAUCAAAUCAGUAAAUUAGAUGAAUUAAAAGAAGAUCUUCUUCGAAGAGAGAAAACAUUAGCCGAAGAGAAAUAUAAUUUAGCAAAAAUUCAAAAUGAGCUUGAAGAGGCCAAAAGACAAUUCAAUAUUGAAUACUCAGAAGCAGAUAAAAAUUUAGAAGUCUUAAUUCAAGAAGAACUUGCCAAGCAAGCCAAAAAUAACGAUUCAUUUUAUAUGUUUGAUCAAAAAACCAAUUUAUUACAAGAACUUUCUCGUGCGACAAGAGCAAAAUUAGUAGAAAUGAAUGAUCUUGAGCUAAAGCUUGAGGAUCAAAGGAUGCAUGCAGAAUCUACAAUCAAUAAAUUUAAUAUUGUAUCAACAGCUCCGUCAAUACAAGCGUUAACGUCUCAAGUUGAUUUAAUGAAAGAAAAAUUAGAAGAUACAAACAAGCAAAUUGGAGAAUUACAGAAUAAUAAUGCAGAUUUAGAACGAAAUUUAUCGAAAUUAGAGAAAGAUAAAAAUGAUAAAAUACAUCAAUCGAGAAAUCUUCAAACCAAGAUUGAAUCGGCCAAAUGCACUCAUUUAGUUCAUGUAAAUUCUCUUGGCACCCAGAAAAUAGCAUCCCAAGAUACAUUAAAGAAUUCGAACAACAAAUUAAAUCAAUUUAAUGAUGAAAAGCAUGAUUUAAGCCUCUCUGCAGAACGUAUUUCAGCAAUGAUUGCGCAAUCUGACUUAUUACUAAAAGGAUAUGAAGAUGAAAUGAAUGUUACUAAGCAAAACAUCCAAACAAAACAAAUGCAGUUGAAAGACAUUAAAAAUGACUUUAAAGAUAUGGAAAGCAGAGUUAAUAGAUUAAGAAAGAAUAAAAUGGAAGACAUGCUUAACAGAGAGAGGAACAUUAAAGAUGUUACUGACCAAAUUCAAAAUACAAAAGAUGAAAUAAAAUCAAAUUCGGACAAAAUUUUGCAUUUGAAUUUUCAAGCAAGAAAGUUAGAAGAUUCGAUAAAGAGAACAAUAGUUCGAAUCGGCCAAUGUGUGGAAGAUGCAGCAAUGCUUGAACAUGCUAAAAUAGGAAUAGAUGCAAAACUAGAAAGAGUUGAAAAAUCAAUUGAAAACAGAUCAUCAGAAAUCGACAGCCAAAUUGAAGAAUUAAACUCUUUACAUAGACAAAUAGCUUCAUCAAAGUUUAUAUCUAAAAGAUUGGAUAGAAUGAAUGCAAUAUAUUUCGCUCCUAAGCAGUUUGACCAUGACCAAACAAAGGCAAAGAAAGUUUAUGAUGAUUUAUAUGAUUUGAAACAUGAAAAUAAAAUGAUGAAAAAGACGAUUAAAUUUUAUGAAAAGAGAAUAUUCUAUUACGGUGCUGAGUGCGCCAUCAUAAAGAAUAGACAAAAACAAAUGUCAAAUGCUCAAGAAUACACGAAGAAAACUUUGAUUAAAUAUGGUAAUUUGAACGCUUUAGAAAAUAAUAUAAAAUAUCUUCAAAAAGCUAUAGAUCUUAAAAAGAAUAAUAAAGCAAGUGCAGAAACCAAUGAAUGCAAUGAUUUACUGAAAAUUAUUAAUAGAGAAAUUUCCAAAUGGAAUUAA